CGGCGGAGGGGCGACACGGCCCUGGGUGCUGCGUCCCGGGGGGUUCCUGACUUCUAGGGCGCGCGCGGUUCCGCGUUCGACUCGGAGAGGUCCCAGAUAUGGGCUUGCCAUCGCCGGUCACUCUGCUUAUGGGGCUCCUGGUUUUUCAGGGCGUCACGAGGCCGUUGUCGGGAGGCCCGGUGUUCAUCCCUUCUUUCAUCCGCAUGUCUGUCCCUGAGGUCAGCGCCACCCUGGUCGGAGCCCCCGAGGAUGUGGCUGUGUCCCUGUCCCUGCUGCAAGCCGAGGCGGGACCACUGCCCGUUCCCGAGUGUGAUGACGUGCUGAACAAUGACACAGGAGACUGGAGUUUGACUGUGACCCGCAGUGUGAAUACGCUGGAAGUGGCAGUGCGGUUGGAGAGGCCUCCGCGGCGGUGUUCCUCCAGCGAGACAGACCCCUUCUCCGAGUCCCCGUGUCUCGUCCACGCUCUGCUGGUUUCCGCCUCUCACAACUCAUCCUGUUUAGCCCACCUGCCCAUUCAGGUGGAGAUUUAUGCCAACUCCUCUCUGGCCCAGAAUGCAUCAGAGAAUGUGACUGUCAUCCCCAACCAGGUGUACCAGCCUCUUGGUCCGUGCCCUUGUAAUUUAACAGCCGGGGCCUGUGACGUCCGCUGCUGCUGUGACCAGGAAUGCUCCCCAGAGGUGACAGAGCUCUUCAGGGGGUCCUGCUUCACCGGCGUGUUUGGAGGGGAUGUCAACCCACUCUUUGAUCAGCUCUGCUCGGCGGAGAGGGCGUCCGGGGCCGCGGACUGGUUCCCGCUGCUGUGCGUGCAGUCGCCCGCCGCCAGCUCGCCCUUCCUCGGCUACUUCCACCUCGGGGACGUGGCCCCGGGCCAGCACGCGCCCUCGGAGGUGUCCGUGCACACUGACCCGAGAGACUUUUCGGACUUCGGGUACAAACAAGGAGACCCCGUUAUGACUGCGGACAAGGCAUAUUUUACUGUUCCUCAGGUGUCCCUGGCUGGGCAGUGUGUGCAGGACGCCCCGGUGGGGUUCCUUCAGAAUUUCGACAUCCGGUGCGUCGCUGACGUGGAAGUCUACCGAGAACGAGCAGGCGCGGCCGACGCCAGGAUAAAGAGUGGCGCCGUGGGAGGCGUUGUCACUCCGAAAGUGACCUACGAGGAAGCAGCCGGCCUGGACAGGUUCCUCAGCACAGAAACACUUUUAAGCCCCGGAUCCGCCCCCAGAAACGUGACUGUGGAAGAACAUUAUGUUUUCAGAUGGAAUAAUAAUACCAUCAGUGACAUACAUGUCAGGAUUGUUAGGGCAGAAAUUAAUGCCCACCAGAAAGGAGUGAUGACGCAGAGGUUCACGGUGACAUUUUUAAGCUACAACAGUGGUGGCGAGAGGGGAACGUCUGGAAACCCAGGUUACCAGCUUGGCAGGCCUGUGCGCGCUUUGGAUGCCAACGGGAUGCAUGGCGUUUCGACUUUACACCUCUGGCAGCCAGCUGGCAGAGGUCUGUGCACGCCGGCAGCUCGCAAGCCCAUUUUGUUCGGAGAAAACGCGCUCUCUGGGUGCCUCCUGGAAGUCUGGGUCGGGGAGGACUGCGGCCGGCUCAGGAGGAAGGCUGCGGAAAUGCUCGAUUCACUGAUGCAGGCAACUCACGUGGCGAUGAGAGGCAACUCCGAUUACAGCGACCUCAGUGACGGCUGGCUUGCCAUCCUACGCGCAGGCGCCCCUGACCCGGGUGCAGACCCUCCUGUCGGCAGCGCGAAUGGCACCUGCCCGGACGUUCCCGCUCGGCUGAGUAUCCGCAUCCUCUUCUCGGACGCUGGCGCGGUGGAAGGGAUUGCCCAGCGGGAGAUCCUGGGCGCAGAGAUGAGGGUCUCCCCGGUGAACUGGCAGUUCCAGUGCGGGCUCACCUGUGAGCUCCAGGCCGACCUGCUGCCUCUCAGCGCGUCCGUGCAGUUCAUUCAGAUACCUGCGCAGUCUCCCCGGCCGCUGACAAGGUUCCAGGUCAACUUCACAGAGUACGAUUGUAACAGAAACGACGUGUGUUGGCCACAGCUCCUAUACCCACUGACCCGGGACUAUCAAGGGGAGCCCUACCCCCAGUGCAUGGCCAAGGGCUUGCUGCUGGUGUUCCUGUCCCUGCUAGCCGUGUUCCUCCGGGACCCCUGGCCCCGAAGAGACAGAGCGUGACCCACGGCCACCACCUGUGUCCUUCCAGACCACAGGCUUCUCCUGUGGGGAUCUGUUGUCCUGCGAUGCGCAGUUUCAAUAAACGAGGUGUUUUAUUUUUGUA